AUGCGCGGCGAAGCCAUGCGCGGCCUCCUGCGCCUCUUGCUGCCCUGCGCAGCAGCAGCGCUCAGCCUCGAUGAGAUGGCUGCAGAGGUGGCGUCAGAUGCAGCAGAGCAACAGAAGUUGUGUCAGCUAAGCGGCUCUGCUACAUCCACCAAUCAACUUUGGGCCUUGGGCUUCCGGAAACGUAUGCAAAUGUACCUUCAACGAGUUUCAGUAUACGUCUGGAGGCUUCAUGAGGCAAUAUGGCAGUACUUCAGUACCCAUGCUGCCGGCAACACCGGCCUCCAAUCCACAAAUAGCUGCGGCCUCGAAUCCCCGCAAACUGUGCCGCUGGCCAUGGACGGCCUCUUCACGGACCCCAACUGCACCCAAAGCUCGGCCUGGGCUACUUGGCUCGCUGGCCUUGGCACCCUCACUUUGGGUGCUGGUGCGCAGCAGGCGCAGCAGGCAGAGGAGGCAGCUGCAGCACUUGGCCUGUCGCCGGAUCCUGGCUGCUUCCUGGGCGCGGCUACCCUACUUCUGGCUCAGGUUGCAGGUUCCUGGCGCCGCGGGCGCUUCGUGGCAGCGCUGCACACCUUUGCGGUGUUGCACGACCACUUCCUGACGGCAGCACAUCCUGGUUUCUUUCUUCACAGUGCUUGGCCUGUCGGAGACCAGGAUGUGCGGUAUUGGAAGGAUCGGUUGCUCUACCAGAUUCGGCGCUUUCGUGAGCUGGUUGGGCGAUCGCUGCAUCUGGGAGCUGCAGCUUUUACUGAGGAGUUCAUACCCGAUGACGUCGAGCGAGAGAACUUGGGAGGUUUUGCCUCGCAUGCACUGCGGCAGGAACUGGGAGGUCGGCAAGGCAGGAACCGCACGGACCGCACGGACCGCACGGACCGCACGGAGAGCUCUCUGAGUUGGCAUCCCGUAUGGGAAUUGGCCCCGUCUGCUGCGUUGAUCCCGUUCGCGGAUGUCGCUCCGCCGGUUCGUGUCUACGUUUAUGGGGAGGCGGACGCGGGCCCGGUUGGCAAGCUAACGCGCUCUUCUGCUUUCUGCCAUUAUCGCCAGUGGGGCAUGGACGUUGGCUUUCAUGAUUUUUUCAGGACAUCUCCUGUUCGGACAUUCGACCCGGACAAGGCCGACUAUUUUUUCGUGCCUACUUAUGCCUGCUGCCAUCAGGUUGCAGGAAUUUCAGAUUUCGAUGAGCUCGAUGCUGAUCAUGCGACACUUGUCUCGCAGCUCACGUACUUCCAGCGGAGCAGGGGGCAAGAUCACAUCUUCUCCUUUCACUACAUCGACCUCUUCCCUUCAUGGCGAAGCCACAUACCUCGGAGUGUGUUCCUCACUCCAGAGACGGAGGUUGGUUUUGAGCGAUCUCUUGACGACUUUGGUCCCGACCAAGGCCGCAUUCCACCCUUCAACCCAUUGAAGGAUAUUGUUGUUCCACCCUUUAUCAACAUGAAAGACAUCCUUGGUUUCGAGACCCAUGCAAAGCCUAUGAGAGAACGCGAACAUCUCGCGACCUUUGCAGGGAAGCUGUGGUCAGACAUCGUAGAGGCUGCCGAUGUUCGCGGCAAAGUUGUCGCCUUGUCUUCGGCUCCAGGCUUCAAGAUUCACGCAUUUUCAACAAUCAGGGACAUGCUGAAUCCGGAUGGUAUGCAGAGGCUCAUGGGGAAUUCCGUGUUCUGUCUGGUGCCGCGAGGGCGUGCAGCCUGGUCGGUUCGCUUCUUCGAGGCACUCUGGGCCGGCUGCGUACCAGUGCUCCUGUCGGACCACUACCAGCCUUCGUUUGACCAGCUCUUCGAUGUGACGAGGUUCGUGAUCAAAUGGCCCGUGUCGAGAAUCGAUGACUCGUUGGUCUCCUACCUGCAGUCCUUGCCUCUGGAGGUGGCUGAGCGCUAUGCCGAGGAAGCGCGGAGAGUGCGCUGCUGGUACUUGUACCCGCCGCCGGAGGUGUCCUGGAUCGGAGACUGGCCGGCGCGGAACGAGCUUGAAGAGGUGGAGAGAAGGGUGUGUCCCAACUUGUCUUCCUCGCGCAAUGCCUUUCAGGCAGUUAUUGAGAUCCUGCGGCGUCGGGCUGUCAAAACCCGUCUGCGGCCAGAUGGGUUCUACGCCGCAGACCCGAAGCAGGGGUACCAGCCCAUGCCCAUGGAUGAUCACCUGAGACCAAUCCAGUGA